AGGAUUGGAAGCCUGGGAGGGAAUUCAUACUGGAUGGAAACCAUUUCCUGAACUGGGGAGAGUCCAGGAACAGUGACCCAAAUGUUUCUCUGUCCGUGGAGAAGAUUUCACAUUUGAAGUAACUUCUACUGAAGCUAGUUGUGUCCCAUCACCAUGUUCUGGAAGUUUGAUUUGAACACAACAUCACACGUGGACAAGCUGCUGGACAAGGAGGAUGUGACACUUCACGAGCUGAUGGACGAAGAUGACAUCCUCCAGGAGUGCAAGGCGCAGAACAGGAAGCUGCUGGACUUCCUGUGCCAGCAGCGCUGCAUGGAGGAACUGGUCACCCUCAUCACCCAUGAGCCCCCCGUGGACAUGGAUGAGAAGGUUCGCUUCAAGUACCCCAACACGGCCUGUGAGCUGCUCACCUCGGACGUGCCCCAGAUCAACGACAAGCUUGGGGGGGAUGAGACUCUGCUCAACAUCCUCUAUGACUUCCUGGAUCAUGAGCCUCCCCUGAACCCUCUGCUUGCCAGUUUCUUCAGCAAGACCAUAGGCAACCUCAUUGCACGGAAAACAGAACAGGUGAUCACAUUUCUAAGGAAAAAGGAGAAAUUCAUCAGCCUGGUGCUAAAGCACAUAGACACCUCUGCCAUGAUGGACCUGCUGCUGCGCCUCAUCAGCUGCGUGGAGCCGGCGGCGCUGCGGCACGACGUGCUCAACUGGCUUAAUGAAGCAAAGAUCAUCCAGAGGCUGGUGGAGCUGAUCCAUUCGAGCCAGGAUGAGGAUAGGCAGUCCAACGCUUCCCAGACCUUGUGUGACAUCAUCAGGCUGAGCAGAGACCAGAGUACUCAGCUGCAGGACAUGCCAGAGCCAGACCCACUUCUCACAGCACUGGAAUCGCAGGAAUGUGUGGAGCAGCUCCUGAAGAACAUGUUUGAUGGUGAACAGACAGAGAAUUGCAUCGUGAACGGCACACAAGUUCUCCUGACCCUGCUGGAGACGCGGCGCUCCGGGGUGGAAGGGCUGAUGGACUCGUACACUCAGGGAUUCGAAAGGUCUUAUACUGUCAACAGCAGCAUCUUACACGGCAUCGAACCGCGGCUCAAGGACUUCCACCAGCUGCUGCUCUGCCCCCCCAAGAAAUCAGCAAUCCUGACCACGAUUGGGGUGCUGGAGGAGCCGCUGGGCAACGCGCGGCUCCAUGGCUCCCGGCUCAUCGCUGCUCUGCUCCACACCAACACUCCCAGCAUCAACCAGGAACUAUGCAGGCUCAGCACCAUGGACUUGUUACUUGACUUAUUUUUUAAAUACACAUGGAAUAACUUUUUGCAUUUUCAAGUGGAACUGUCCAUAGCAGCUAUUCUGUCCCACUCUGUGCACGAGGGAAAGGCUCCCACGGCCGAGCCUGAGAGCAAGGAGGAGGUGCUGAAUGGGAACGCGGCCCCGGAGAGCUUGGAGCCAGCACAGCCCCCCGAGAACCUCAUGGUCACACAUCUGUUCCAGAAGUGCUGCCUGGUGCAGAGGAUAUUGGAUGCCUGGGAAGCCAAUGACAAAAUCCAGGCAGAAGGAGGCAUGAGGAGAGGCAACAUGGGCCACCUGACCCGGAUAGCCAACGCCGUGGUGCACAACAUGGAGAAGGGUCCCAUGCAGACCCAGAUCAGUGACUUCAUCAAAGAGCUGCCUGAGGACUGCAGGGGGAGGUGGGAGAGCUUCGUGGAAGAGACGCUGAUGGAGACGAACCGGAGGAACACAGUGGAUUUGGUGAGCACUCACCACCUGCACUCCUCCAGCGAGGACGAGGACAUCGAGAGCGCCUUUCCCAACGAGCUUUCCCUCCAACAGGCCUUCUCAGAGUACCAGAUCCAGCAGAUGACAGCAAACUUUGUGGAUCAGUUCGGCUUCAACGAUGAGGAGUUUGCAGACCAGGAUGACAACAUCAAUGCUCCUUUCGACAGGAUCGCAGAGAUCAACUUCAACAUUGACGCGGACGACGACAGUCCCAACGCCUCCCUGUUCGAGGCCUGCUGCAACGAGCGCAUCCAGCAGUUCGAUGACAACGAGGAGGAGGAGGACAUCUGGGAGGAGAAGGAGAUCACCUAUGCAACACAAGUCAAGUCAAGGACACGAUUUGGAGCCUCCCAGACCUCAGAGAGCUCAUCCAAGAGUGACCUGGAGAACGGAGACCACGAUGGCAGUGUGGACUCGGAGGAGGAGACAGAGCAGCAGCCUCCUCCUCCCUCGGCCAACAGCAAGAGCAGCACUGUGGAGCAGAAGGACUCUGACACCUCUGAAGGGUGCCUGGACACUGCUGGGGUGCCGCUGACCGUGGUGGACACGCGGGUGCUGUGCUGCACUCUGGCCGUGGUGGACACGCGGGUGCUGUGCUGCACUCUGGCCGUGGUGGACACGCGG